AAAAUAAAUAAAAAGCCAAGACGUAUUUUUCUAUCUUCACCGCUUCUCCUCCAAAUCGUCGCCGAUCUCUCUACAUCUCCGAUCAACCAUGAGCAAAGGUCCAGGACUAUUCGCCGAUAUCGGCAAAAAAGCCAAAGAUCUGUUGACGAGAGACUACAAUACCGAUCAGAAAUUCAGUAUCUCCACUUACAGUGCUUCCGGCGUGGCCCUUACUUCUACUGCUCUGAAGAAGGGAGGAGUUCAUGCUGCUGAUGUUGCUACACAAUACAAGUACAAGAAUGCUUUGUUCGAUGUCAAAAUCGACACUGAUUCUAGUGUUUUGACAACAGUCACACUGACCGAGAUCCUUCCAUCUACAAAAGCCAUUGCCUCCUUCAAAGUCCCUGAUUACAAUUCUGCCAAGCUCGAGGUCCAAUACUUCCACGACCAUGCAACAGUUACCGCUGCAGCAGCUUUGAAACAAAACCCGCUAAUUGACAUAACAGCUACUCUUGGUUCGCCAGUCAUCUCAUUUGGUGCUGAAGCUGGAUAUGACACAACCUCCAAAACCUUCACCAAGUACAAUGCCGGGAUCAGUGUGACAAAACCAGACGCUUGCCUUUCUGUGAUAUUGGGAGACAAAGGAGAUUCAGUCAAAGCAUCUUACCUUCAUCACUUGGAUGAAUUUAAGAGAACCGCAGCAGUUGGUGAGGUUUACAGGAAGUUCUCAACAAAUGAAAACACGAUAACAGUUGGUGGAUUGUAUGCGAUUGAUCAUUCGACUACAGUGAAAGCUAAGCUCAACAACCAUGGCACACUUGGUGCGCUUCUGCAGCACGAGGUCAUGCCGAAAUCACUAGUGACUGUUUCCAGUGAGAUUGACACUAAGGCUUUAGAAAAGCAUCCAAGGUUUGGUCUCUCUCUUGCCCUCAAACCUUGAGAACUCACACACAUAAGAGCUGCUCGAGUCUCCGUACUCUCUUAUUCUCUCAUUGUUGAUUUCUUCUACGGCUGGACCUGAGAGUUUGCGUUUAUUUUUUCCCCUUGUUUCCGUUCAGUUUAAUUGGAAUAAAUAGAUCCGCAAUGAAAUUUGACGGAUAAUUCUUUUUCGGAUAUGUUCGGUUUUUGUCUUGACUUUUUUGUUUUGUUUAAUUAAGCAGUGUUCUUGAAUACUCACUGAUUUUACCA